AUGAAAAGCUCGGCUGUGUGCUCGCUCCUGCUUUGGCAGGCCGCCAUUGGCGCUACAUACACCGCGCAGAAGCCUUUGAAGAACAAACCGACCGUUGCGAAAGUUGGAGAUGCAGGUGGACCGACCACCGAUCUGGCUUCCGGUGCAGGCCAACCGGUUGUCAAACAACAAGGUGCCGACCUAGUCGAUGUUGCCUUGUCAGAGCUUCGAAAAGUGCCGUUAGCGACCCGAAAGAAACACAAAAUGGCAUCGGGCCUGCUCAGCUUCACCGCGCGAUACCUCCUCAAAGUCCUGCCGACCAUGCCGGUAACCGGCCCGACACAAAAGCAGGCUUCGACCGUGAGCGGACCCGUCGCCGUCGCAAAGGGCCACCUCGAGAGCGCUGCGGCGAAGAAUAACUCGGACGCGCUAUACCUGCUUGCAGAGUUGAACUUCUUCGGGUACCACAACUACCCUCGAGACCUGAAAGUCGCCUUUGACUACUACCAACAGCUGGCCGCGCACAACGGAAACAAGACUGCGCAAUACAUGUUGGGACUUUUUUAUUCAUCCGGCCUUGGAAAUGCCGUGCCGCAAGAUCAAGCAAAGGCGCUCUUGUAUUAUACACUCGCCGCCAAGCGCGGAGACCCGAAAGCGUUGAUGGCGAUCGCAUAUCGCCACCAAAGUGGUGUUGGCACGCUCAAGAGUUGCGAGACUGCUAUCGGAUACUAUAAACAAGUGGCUGACAAGGCCAUCGACUGGUAUAGGGACGCCCCUCCUGGAGGCCAGUCCUGGAUUCAGGAAUCAUGGCGCAUAUCGGAUGACGAUGGUGGCAUCUAUGGCGAAGGAGCCAGUGCUUCGAGUGCGGGACUGAAUGCACUGAAACGCAAUCUGCACUCCAAUGACAAUGCAGAUAUAAGCGACGUCAUCGAGUAUCUGGACCUUAUGUCACAAAAGAGCGAUUCAAAGGCCUCCUUUAACCUUGGCCGACUCUACUACGAGGGACAGCGCGGCCUGGAGAAGGAUUUCGAGAGUGCUUUGAAGUAUUUCUUCUUGGCAGCGUCAAGAUACUGGAAACGCGAUGGGCGUGCUACAGACGGCAACAAAAACGGCGCUGACAAGACAGCCGCCGAGGCAGCUGGCUUCAUCGGGAGAAUGUACCUGCGUGGAGAUGGCGUCGCGCAAAAUUUCGACAAGGCCAAGGCGUGGUUUGAGCGUGGCAAAUCGCACGGCGACGCCCAGUCACAAUGGGGAUUGGGCAUGAUGCUGUUGAAUGGCCUCGGUAUCCGACGAAACAUCAAACUCGCGACGGAGCUGCUGCGAACCUCAGCCGAUCAAGACUUUGCCCCGGCUCAAGUACAGAUGGGUCGCUUGUUCCUUGACCAAGGUAACCCCGAGGACGUCAAGACGGCCAACUACCUCUUCGAGCUUGCUGCCCGGUAUGCCAAUAUCGAGGCCUUGUAUUAUCUGGCAGAAAUGACCAAUCAUGCCGUCGGCCGUGAACGAUCAUGCCAGCUCGCCCUCACCUACUACAAGGCUGUCGCCGAGCGUGCCGAGCCGCUGGUCUCGCAGUGGUCGCAAGCCAACCUGGCGUACGAAUUGGGGAACCACGACUUGGCCUUCCUGCAGUACCUCAUGGCUGCUGAACAAGGCUUUGAAAAGGCCCAAACAAAUGUAGCCUACAUGCUUGAUGGCAAAUUUGGCAAGAUGUCCUUGGUCGAGCUGCUCAUCGGCCGCCAGGAGAACAAGGUCAGCCCAAUGGCGAACGCCAAUCUCGCCCUCAUCGAGUGGACCAGAUCGUCUCGACAGUCCAACGUGGAUUCACUGGUGAAAAUGGGUGACUAUUACUUUUACGGCAUCGGCGUCGAGAAGGAUCUCGCCAAGGCGGUGCAGUGCUAUUCUGGCGCGUCCGAUUACCAGCAAAGCGCACAGGCCCUGUUCAACCUGGGUUGGAUGCAUGAGAAUGGCGUGGGCUUGACCCAAGAUUUCCACCUGGCCAAGCGAUACUAUGAUCAUGCUCUGGUAAUUAACACCGAGGCAUACCUCCCUGUCACGUUGAGUCUUUUGAAGCUUCGCAUACGUAGUGCAUGGAACACCUUUACGCAUGGUCCGAUCCACUCUAUCCAGGACGAGCCGAAGAAGAAGAAGGACUGGUCCCUCUCCGAGUGGAUCAACAACUUCAUCGAGGGAGACUUGAUAUACGAGGACGACUAUUACGAGGACUAUUACGAUGCCAACACGAUUGAAGGCGGGGAGUUCCUUGACGAUUCCAACGUGCUGGAGAGCCUGUUGAUUAUCGGCGUCACGAUCGCCCUCGUCGGUCUAGUGUGGUGGCGGCAGCGGAUACAGCUGCAGCGGGCCGAGGCCGAGGAGAGACGCCGGCGCGAGCAAGGUCUCCCGCCGGCUGCGCCAAUGAUGGACCCGGACCUGAUGGGCAGAUUCCCGGGCUGGGCUGCUGGUGGCAUGGGAUUCUGA